UCUCACUUUUGUCACUUAAUCAUCACUUAAUCACCAUCAUUUGGAUUUUAGUGAUUAACAACUUAUUCCAACAGAGAGAGAGAGAGACAUCAGACAUUUUCCUUGUUUUUAACCUUUAAAGUGUAGCAGUUAUGUAUCAUGGACGAAUUCUUAAGGAUUAUGUAUCAAAUCUUGAAAAGCUACGCGGCAAAACGAUUCUGAUCAGUUGUCACUUUGAUUGCAAGAAUACCCUUGGGCUUCAAAUGAUAGUAUACAAACUUUAAACCGAUUAGGAAUGAAACUAAAGAAGGGGAAUAAAAGUGAAGAAGAUCACAUUGGUCGCCAAUUCAACUUGGCAAAUCACGAGACAAUUUUAAGGGACAGAAGUAAAAAUUUGUUUCAGAAUGGGGAGAUAUCAAAAUUCCGUCAGUAGUAAGAGGACCAGACAAAUUCCUUUUGUUUUCUUUUUCGUUAUAGCGUAGGAUCCACACCUGAGCUGGACAUCCAAGCAGUCCCAGAGUUCUUGCCACAAAUAAGAAGAUAUUUGUACCUUUCAACUGGAAGAUAUUUUUGGUAAUCUUAACAAAGAAUUAGUCUCCUCUUCCUUCAUCAUGGUGUUUUAAUUUAUCCAUCGUUACUCACUCGCAAUCGCAACAGAUUACAGCACUCAUCACAAAAUUCACAGCCACAAUCAUCGCUGUACUAUGGAAUCCACCAUCUUUGUCCCUCUAUCUCAGGUAACCUAUUUUCCAACAACAAGGCCUCAGGCAAGAACCAUAGCUUCUCGCUUUGGACAAUGGCAGCAAAGGACUUCCCGUCAGCCUACUCGUAUCUGCUGUUCAAAGAUGUUUGUUCCAGGAUUUGGAGAAGCAUCGCCAGAAGCCAAGGCAGCAAAACACCUCCAUGAUUUCUUCACAUACGUAGCCGUCAAAAUUGUCUCUGCUCAGCUCCAGAGCUACAACCCCGAGGCAUAUGAAGAAUUGAUGGAAUUCUUGGGCACCCAUCCUCUAAAUGAUGGGGAUAAGUUCUGUGCCGACUUGAUGCGUGAAUCAGCAAGGCACAAAUCUUUAGCAUUGCGCAUACUAGAGGUUCGAUCCGCAUACUGUAAGCAAGACUUUGAGUGGGACAAUUUGAAGCGAUUAUCGCAUAAGGUGGUUGAUGACUCAAACACAAGACUAAUGAGGGACUACGUCUUAGAAACUAGUCAUGUGGAAGGUGAAAAGUGA